AUAAAUAAUAAUAAUAUGUCAAAAAAGGGAAACAAAAAGAAGGGAGGUGAUGAUGGAGAGAGAGAAGAAGAGGAAAAAGUUAUGGUUUUGGAACAUAAAUGUAGAGCUCUCUAAACUAGAUUUGGUAGAACUUAUAAAUUUAAAUUUAGUUGAGGAACAAGAAAGAGGAGACAAAGCUAAAGCAGCUGAAAAUGAAAUAAGAGCUAGAGUGAUGGAAAUGGAAAAUGAUCUUAAGAAAGAAAAAGAUAAACUAUUUUGCAUUGUGUAUUAUUGUUCUCUGAUUAUUUUUAGAUCUGAUAUGACAAGGUAAUAUAAAUAAAUGUAGGAAGAAUUACUAAAAUAAAUUACAGAUUUAAGAUCUACAGAUGUUGAAAAAGAAGAAAUUAUAAGUAAAUCAUUAAACUCAUUUAUUUAGAGAAUAAAGAACAAUAUAUCUAAGAUAUGGUUAAGGAUUAUGAGUAUAGGUUAAAAAAAAAGGAUGAUGAAAUCAGUGAAUUGAAACGUAAAAUUGAAGAAAUGUCAGCUGAAUUUGCCAGAAUGCUUAAAGUAUAAUUUUAAUUCAAAUUCUAAGGAUACACUUGAUAAAAUGUAAGAAAGAAUAUAGUUGGCUUAAUGGGAUAAUGAUACCGAUCCUCAAAUCAUGAAAAAAAUCAAAGACAUUGCUGGCAUGUAAACUCAUCAAUAAAAUUGAUUUCAUAGU